AAAAACCUCGUUUUUAAGCAAAGUCAAUAUAUUUCUUAAGCAAAUCUAGAGGCUAAAUCAACAUGGCUCACAUUGGAACUUUUAUAGCAAUUGCUCUGCUCGCCGCUGCGGCUCCGCCUUCUUGUCCAGGAGGUUGUUCUGGUUGGGUGCAACAUGGCUAAAAUGAUGUUAAAUAUGAUUAAAAAAAUAAAAUAUGAUUUUAUUCGAGAAUACAUCCUGGCAUUGAGAAAAUAA